AUGAGGCCAGUUAACGAAGGUGAUCCAAAGUCGAUGGAUAAAUUUGCUGAUGCCCUUGAAAGAACCAUUGUUGUUUUGAAAGAUAACAGUCUUCACGCGGACUUAGGGGGCGGAACCCUAUAUGGAAUCGUGGUCGAAAAACUGCCCGAGAAUUUGCGAGGUCAGGAAGACGAACCAGCCGCUAGACUUUGUCCUUUGGGCUGGACCGCUAUCGGAAGAAUCGGAAAAUCGACACAACCGAGAGGAACAGCAUGUGUCAACACUGGCUACUUACACUGGCCUACUUACUGGGCCUACUUACACUGGCCUACUUACUGGGCUGGACCGCUAUCGGAAGAAUCGGAGGCCUACUUACUGGGCCUACUUACACUGGCCUACUUACUGGGCUGGACCGCUAUCGGAAGAAUCGGAAAAUCGACACAACCGAGAGGCACAGCAUGUGUCAACACUGGCUACUUACAAACGUUCCGUACGUGUGCACAGCAAUUAACCCCAGACAUCGUUACUGCAUCGGAUGAAGAUUUGAACGUCACACUCAAGCGUUUUUGGGACCUCAAAACACUCAGCAUCGUCCCACAGAGUCAAGAAGAAAACGAGUUGACACCCCUGGAGAAGAUAGCCCAGAAAAAGGUUGAACAGUCACUGUCCUACAACGGUGAUCGGUACGAAGUUUCAGUACCGUGGAAACAAGAUCGACCUAACCUGCCAAACAAUCGACAGAUGGCCGAGAGAAGAUUACAGCUUGUUGAAAAGAAACUUCAGAAGGACACGCAACUGGCCAACGCCUACCAGGGUGUAAUCGAUGACUACCUGAAGAAAGAAUACAUCAGAGUUGUACCCACAUCGGAACCAAGACCAGAAAGCGAGUGGUUUUUACCGCAUUUUCCAGUGGUACGCCCAGAUCGAGAAACAACCAAGGUUCGCAUCGUGUUCGAUGCGUCGGCACAGCUGAAUGAGAAGAGCCCGAAUACAGAAGCGUUGCCAGGUCCAAAGUUACAGAGCAACAUAUUCGACAUCCUGGUACGAUUUAGAAAAGAGCUGGAAGUGUUGGUUAGUGAUGUCAGUCAGAUGUACCAUCAGCUGGUUCUUAAACUAGAAGACAGGCCUUUCCAUCGGUUCCUGUGGCGAAAUCUUGACAUACAGAGCCCACCGCAGGUUUACGAGUUCUCCAGAUUCGUUUUCGGAGGCUGCUACUGCCCGUUUUGUGCUCAAUUCACAUGGCAACGCCACGCUGAAAUCCACAAGACACAGUACCCUUUGGCUGCAGACGCUGUUAGGAACCACUACUACAUGGACGACCUGAUGCCUUCGGUGGCAACAAUCGAAAUCGCAAAAGAAACAAGAAAACAACUGACGGAACUGGGAAACUUGGCUGGGUUUCACCUGAGAAAAUGGAUGUCCAAUCAAGCAGAAGUUUUAAAGGACAUACCAGCCAAAGACCGAGCACAAACCAUCGACUUAGAAGAAAACAAGCUAUCGACAACCAAGACCUUGGGGGUGCUGUGGACCGCAGACCUAGACACAUUCUCCUUUAAAUAUUCGUUGACCCCAGAAACAGAGCUCACCAAGCGAAAAGUACUAAAGAAGACAGCAACCAUCUUUGACCCGCUUGGUUUCCUAGCGCCGUACGUUGUUAGAGCCAAGAUCCUCAUUCAGCAGGCCUGGGUAGAAACGACCGGUUGGGAUGUCCCCCUCCCAGGCCAUCAUCAGAAGCAAUGGAAGUCCUGGUUCGAAGAAUCCAUCGGUCUACAAGGAAUCCGCAUUCCAAGAUGUUUAAAGGAUCGUCAUUCUACAGCAGUCAAAGCCUCUCUUCACAGGUUCUCGGAUGCUUCCGAAGCAGCAUAUGCCGCAGCUGUUUACAUUCGACACUAG